CUUGGUAAGUGUUCUGUGUGGAGUAUUGCGGAGCACCUUCUGGUCAUGGGCCCGCGAAGCCGCCAGCGCCGGGCGGGAACGGUCCAAAGCACCAACGACAGCAGCUCCCUCAGCAAGCGAUCGCUAGCUGCACACGGAUAUGUGCGCGAUGCCUUCGCGGCGCUGCUGGUCCCGGGGCCCGUGCGACGCACGCCGCUUAUCCACCGCGGCUAUUACGUGCGCGCGCGCGCCGUGCGUCACUGCGUGCGCGCCUUCCUCGAACUUACUGGCGCGCUCCCGUCCCCGACCAGGGCACAGGUCCUGUCAUUGGGCUCAGGCUACGACUCGCUUUAUUUUCGUUUGAAAGCUGCGGGCCUGCUGGCCCGAGCUGCCGUCUGGGAGGUUGACUUUCCGGAUGUGUCUCGGCUGAAGGCGAAGAGGAUCGAGGAGACCCCGGAGCUGUGCGCGCAGACCGGUCCUUUCAAGAUCGGAGACUCGGUGUCAACUCUGUGCUUUGAGAGCUCGGACUACCGCAUUCUGGGCGCUGACCUGCGGGAGCUCCAGCGAUUAGACGAGGCCCUGGACGGCGCUGGCCUGAACGCCACCUCCCCCACGCUGCUCCUGGCCGAGGCGGUGCUGACGUAUCUGGAGCCCUCCAGUGCUGCAGCCCUCAUCGCCUGGGCUGCCCAUCGUUUCCCCGACGCUCUUUUCGUGAUCUAUGAGCAGAUGAAGCCGGACGAUGCCUUUGGGCAAAUCAUGCUGCAGCACUUUGAGCGCUUGCACUCACCCCUGCAUGGCCUGGAGCUGUUUCCCGACGUGGAGGCCCAGCGCCAGCGCUUCCUUCAAGCUGGCUGGACUGCCUGCAGCGCCCUGGACCUGAACGAGUUCUAUCGCUGCCUUCUCCCAGCAGAUGAGCGCCAGCGAGUCGAGACGCUUGAGCCGUUUGAUGAAUAUGAGGAGUGGCAUCUGAAGUGUUCUCACUAUUUCAUCCUGGCAGCAUCUAGGGGAGACAUUCUGUCAAAAACUCCAGUGUUUCUGCCCUCAGAGGCUUCUUUUCAGAUAGAUCCUGCUUCGCCUUCAGGGUUUCUUUCUGCCAGAGUAGUCACUAGUGAUCACCAGCACUCAAGCCUGAAGCGAUAUGGCCACACCUCUGUCCUCUUGAGCCCUGACGUUAUUUUUAGUGCGGGAGGCUUUGGAGAACAAGAGGGACGACACUGCCGAGUGAGCAAGUUUCACUUGCUCUCAAGAUCCUGUGACUCUGAAUGGAAAGGCUGCCAAAUAAGUACUUUAGGGACUGAAGGCCAGUGGGAUGGACGCCUUUAUCACACCAUGACAAGGCUUUCUGAUACUCGGGUUUUGGUUCUUGGAGGGAGACUAUCCCCAGUAAGUCCAGCCUCUGGGGCUCUCCAACUUGAUUUAUACAAAAGUGAGGAUCAUUGCCCUGAGGGCCAAAAUGUAAUGGUAACUAAGGCUGCCUUGGAAGAAGGUUCCAUGUUGUCACGUUGGCGGCAUUCAACAACAGAAGUAUACUAUCAGAAUCAAAGAUACUUAUUUGUGUAUGGUGGCCGAAGUGUGGCAGAACCUGUGCUAAGUGACUGUCACUUUUUACAUGUAGAGACAAUGGCUUGGGUCAGAAUCCCAGUACAAGGUGCAUCCCCCAGAGGUCGGCAUUCCCAUAGCGCCUGCAGUUGGCAAGGGGGAGUACUUGUCGCUGGAGGUCUUGGGGCUUCUGAGGAACCGCUGAGCUCUGUACUCUUUCUCAGACCAAUGUCCUCUGGAUUCCUCUGGGAAUCAAUAGAUAUCCAGCCCUCCAUUACCCCAAGAUACUCUCACACCGCUCAUGUAUUUAAUGGAAAGCUGCUUCUGGUUGGAGGGGUCUGGAUUCAUUCCUCCUCGGUUCCUGGAGUGACUGUCAUCAGUUUGACCACAGGGUCUAGCUCUGAAUAUCAGAUUGAUACAGCGUCUGUGCCAUGGCCAUUCAUGUUGCACAACCACAGCAGUGCCCUCCUCCCUGAAGAGCAGCAGCUCCUGCUUGUUGGAGGUGGAGGGAACUGCUUUUCCUUUGGUACUUAUUUCAACCCCCACACAGUGGCAUUAGAUCUUUCUUCCUUAAGUUCAGGGCAAUAAAGACUUUGAUAUAUUCAGGACCUAAGGAUGAAUUUGGUUGUAUUGCUAUGCUUCUAACACAUACACCUUUCUUCCUUACCACACUAUUGAGCAUAAACCAUGGAAAUGAUUAAAAUACAGACCAACAGUGAGUAUAAAAACAAA